CUUUCUUCCUAUUGACCUUGUUACUCUUCACCUAACGACUUCCUUCCACGACUCUCGUUUUCCGGCAUUGUGGUGCUUCUUCGGUUGGACCAUAUUUCAUUGCAGGGAGUUUGCUCGGGCAUCUUCGUAUUACGGGAGAUUCACCUGAGGUCAAGGAGGACUCACUGAACUGUCGUUACUCACCCGUCGAGUCUUCGAUCUGCCGGAGAAGAAUACAGACUUGCUCCAGCUCGCACACAGGACACGGCAGGCCGUUUCUGAGACAUCAUCCGGCUCGACCCUCCAUCACGCCACUUUUCACGAAUUAGCUCCCUCCAACGCCCAACGAGCAUGUCCAGCAACCUCCAUCCCUCCAGCAGCAAACAUCAACGCUUCUCCCGCGAAGGCUUUAAGCCUAUACCCAACGAUCAACUACAAGACUACCACAGCAUGCACAAUCCCAACGACGCGACCGUCGACAUUCCCCUCGAGCAAGUCCGCACCAACGCCAGCAGCGGCGGCGGUCUACGCAACCAAUCCGUUACGGCUGGACUUCACGAAACCCUCACACCUCCCAACGAACACGAUGAAAAAGCGGGAUUCUUCCGCGGAAGACGGCACAAGCCCGAUCCGAGGGCGAAAGCCAAUGGCACGGGAAAAGUAGGAUAUGACGGAGAAGAGGAUACACUCACGACCAUGGGCAAGAUUUACGAGAAGAUCUUUGGAUUCUCCAUCAUCACGAGAUAUUUCUUAUACGUCUUGCCGCUGGGCUUGAUGAUUGCCGUGCCCAUUAUCGUUGGCGCGACGGUGGGUGGGAAGAAGAAUCCGCCCAAGAUCGGAGGUGUGCCGAUUGUCUGGCUCUUCACAUGGAUCGAGAUCAUCUGGCUGAGUCUAUGGGGCUCGAAACUGGUGGCCCACUUUUUGCCGUACGUGUUUCAGAUGCUGGUGGGCGUCGUCAGCAGUGGGGUGAGGAAGUACUCGACGGUGAUUCGCAAACUGGAGAUUCCGCUGAGUCUGGUGGGAUGGGCGGUGACUUCGGUGGCGACGUUUAAGCCGCUGAUGACGAGAAAUCCGUAUAAUCGCGCCAACAGCAAUCAACACCCAGGGAAAUGGGUGGACAUUGUGCAGGCCAUUUUGGGCGCAGCCGUGGCGUCUUCGUUGGUUUUCCUGGCGGAGAAGGCGAUUGUCAACCUCAUCCAGAUCAACUACCACCGGAAACAGUUCAAUGCGCGGAUUAAGGAUUCUAAGAGACAGGUGUACAUUCUCGGACUGCUAUACGAUGCUUCGCGGGCGCUGUUUCCGGCGUACUGCCAGGAAUUCAUGGAGGAGGACUACCUAAUUGCGGAUCAGUUGGAUCUGACGGGAUUAACCCACAAGGGAAAGAAAGGGAAGUCUGGGCACAACAGGACUGGAUCUUCUACACCUAUGAGGUUAAUCCAGAACAUCGGGCGAGCGGGAGACAGAGUCACUUCUGCAUUUGGACAUGUUGCGCAGGAAAUCACUGGACGACAGGUGUUCAAUCCGAAUGCUUCGCACUCGGUUGUCGUGCAGGCAUUGGAGAAAAAGCGCACGUCCGAAGCUUUGGCUCGCCGAAUCUGGAUGUCACUUGUCGAGGAAGGUCGUGAGGAGUUGCUCGAGGAGGACAUACUUGAUGUGCUGGGACCGAACCGACAAGUGGAAGCGGAAGAGGCAUACUGGGCCCUCGAUCGAGACGGUAAUGGUGACAUUUCUCUUGACGAGAUGAUCAUGACCGUGACCGAGUGGGGCCGCGAACGUAAGGCGAUCGCAACCAGUAUGGUCGAUGUCGCGCAGGCAAUCAACGUGCUCGAUCGACUCUUGUGCGCAAUCGUGUUGGUCGCGAUUGUGUUCAUCUUCAUCGCUUUCCUCAACACCAACUUUGUCACUACUCUGGCGACUACUGGAACGGCUCUCCUCUCGCUUUCCUUCGUCUUCUCGGUCACCGCGCAGGAGGUGCUCGGAUCCUGCAUCUUCUUGUUUGUCAAGCACCCGUACGACAUUGGCGAUCGCAUCGACAUCGGCGAGAACCACUUCAUCGUGGACCACAUCAGCUUGCUAUUCACCGUCUUCAAGAGAGCCAAUGGUCUCAAGACGGGCCAGCUAUGCCAGUAUCCGAAUGUCGUCCUCAACUCUCUGGCUCUCGACAACAUCAGCCGCAGCAAAGCGCAGACCGAGCAGAUUACCCUUGACAUCGACUUUGACACCACCUUCGACGACAUACAAAUCUUGAAGACCGAACUCAGGAAUUUCGUCAGCGACAAAGACAACAGCCGCGACUUCUACUCCGACCUGGAAGUCGAGGUCCUCGGCACAACCGACAUGUCCAAGCUGCAACUCAAAGUCGAAAUCAAGCAUAAAUCGAAUUGGGCCAACGAAACCCUCCGCGCCGCCCGAAGAAGCAAUUUCAUGUGCGCGCUAGUCGCGGCAUUAAGAGCCGUACCCAUCAAUCCACCAGGCGGCGCCGGCGACAUCGCCGGCACAGCCGCCAACCCCAACUAUGCCGUCACAAUUUCCGACUCGGAAGCGAAAGAAAACGCCCAACAAACCGCCAUGGAACGCGAAAAGGCUCGUCUCGUACCGGUCAAGAAAAUCGAAGAAGCGAAAGCCGACCUCGACCUGGCACCGUCCAAUUCCGGCGCCGUCUCUUCCGGCGACCUCAAAGUCAUCUCCGAACUCAACGCCCGCGACCCCGGCGCCAACGCCGCGCAAUUCGACAAUGAAGCCUGGACAUCCUCUCGCGAUGAUACCUCCACACUCGGCGGCCGCCACUCAAUCGAUCACCAAGACAUCAGCGAUGUGAGGAAUAUGCUCCGCCGCGCAUCCACCCGCGGGAAGAGGAAGCCCGGCAGCGACGUCUCUCGCGCGCAGUCCAAUAUCACUGGCCAACUACCCACCAUCCCAGCCGAAGAACACUACGGUCUCGGCGACUAUCCCUCCUACGGUCAACAACAAACGGGCGUCACGCCCGCGAGUUUCCCCUCCCCUCCGCCGAUGAACUCCGCUGGACCGGCUUCGUGGCGACCUACGCUUGGCCAGACCAUGCCGAGUCGUUACCAGACUGCGCAGAGCGGGGUGCCGACUACGAGUUCGCAGGGGGUGGAGAUGGGUUCGAUUCAAAGGGAGGGAACGGAGGGAGUUUAUGGCACACAGACUGCGCCGGUGAGGAGGCAGACGGGGAGUGAGGAGGAGGUGUUUGAUGAGAGGGAUGGGAAUGGGAAUGUGAGGCCUUAUAAUGGUGUUUGA